AUGGCGUCCAUGCGGUUCUUCCUGUCUGCUAUCCUGGCAGUCCAGGCUAAGACCGCGCUGGCCACCAAUGCCUCGCCCAUUGCCAAGGUGCUGGAGAUGAUUCGACCAGCUGAUGCCAAGGUGAUCUCCGAGGGGGAGGAGUCGCACAAGGUCUUUUCCGAGUUCGCGGAGAUGUGUGAGGACCGCUCGCGCCAGCUCGGCUUCUCGAUCAAGACGGCGGAGGGCCAGAUCACCGACCUGAAGGCGACGCUCGCGAAGGAGGCUGCCAACAGCGAGGAGCUCGACACCAAGAUCGGCGCGCUGGCGACGGAGAUCGCCACGGACACCGCGGACCUGAAGGCCGCGACGGAGAUCCGCACCAAGGAGCAGGCGGACUUCGCCCAAGAGGAGAAAGAGCUCGUGGACGUGAUCGACACGAUCACGCGCGCCAAGGGUAUCCUCGAGAAGGAGAUGGCCAAGAGCGGCGGCGCCUCGAUGCUGCAGCUGCGGAACGCGGGCGGCGUGGCCGACGCGCUCAGGGUCAUGGUCCAGGCUUCGGUCAUCUCCUCCACCGACGCCAGCAAGCUGACGGCCCUCGUGCAGAGCGCGCAGCAGCAGGAGGCCGACGACGACGACGCGGCCCUCGGCGCGCCGGACGCCGCCGUGUACGAGGGCCACAGCGGCGGGGGCGCCGCCCACGACGGGAUCAUCGGAGUGCUCGAGGACCUGCUGGCGAAGGCGGAGGGGCAGCUGGACGGCCUCCGCAAGGCCGAGACCUCCUCGCUGCAGAAUUUCGAGCGGCCGCGCACUGCGGCGAGGACGAGAUCAAGAACGGGAACACGGACAUGUCCGAUGCCAAGAAGGCCCUUGCCAACAGCCAGGCCGUCAAGGCCGAGGCAGAGGGCGACCUCCAGGCCACCUCGCGGGACAUGUCGUCCGACGCGCAGACGAAGGCGGACCUGCACGCGGACUGCCAGGCGAAGGCGGAGGACUUCGAGGCGGAGCAGAAGUCCAGGGCGGAGGAGCUCAAGGCGCUGGCCGAGGCGAAGAAGGUGA